UAUGUUUUCUACUUGAACCUUAACAACAUUUGAGUCCUCCAAGCUGAAGAAGAAGCUAGAGUUAGGCGGCAUAAGAAAAGUAAUUAACGUAAGAAGAUGUUGCACUGUGCGAAGACGUCGGGGUUGGAAAGGCAGAGGGCGAGGAUGAAGUGGGAAGAAGAGGAAGGGUUGUUUUGUGGGUUAAGCGGUGUUCUCUCUUCUAAUUCUUCUUCGUUGCAUGUUCACGAGUCCAUGAUGGUGGCUGCUGAUUCGGGUUCUGCCCUGGCUGAGGUGGUGGCUCAGGCUGGCUCAAUCAACAUGCCAACUGCUGGGAGCCCCUCAAUAUCAAGGACCUUUAGCUGUCCACCUACUCUCGUGGAGCCCAAGCCCAAGCCCAAGCCCGCUGCCUCCUCAAUUGGGAUCAAGAAGCGCAAACCUCACAGUCCCAAGUUUGUUGCAGAAAAUGAUAGUAGCAAAGACAAGAGGAUCAAAGUCGGCGCCCACGAUGGAGAAUCCAAAAUCACAGGAACCAACAACAACAGAGAAGAAACCUGUGCGGAUACUUCAAAUUCCAAACAAAAUUCAAAGCUCUCCGAGGUUCAAAAGCCCGAUUACAUUCAUGUUCGAGCACGUCGUGGCCAAGCCACCGAUAGCCAUAGCUUAGCUGAAAGAGUUAGAAGAGAAAAAAUUAGCGAGAGAAUGAAGUAUUUGCAAGAUUUAGUUCCUGGAUGCAACAAAAUCACGGGAAAAGCUGGCAUGCUCGAUGAAAUCAUCAACUAUGUUCAAUCUCUUCAACGACAAGUUGAGUUUCUGUCAAUGAAAUUAGCUGCUGUGAAUCCAAGGCUUGACUUUAGUGUUGAUGAUCUAUUUGACAAAGAGGUGUUUCCUGCUUGUGCUGCAAAUUUUCCAAAUAUGGGAAUGUCAUCAGACAUGACUAAUUAUCUACAGUUUAAUUCACCACAGCAACAGCAAAUUGUUUCCUAUGGUGGAUUAGAUACGGGGAUUAACCCUUCCGAUAUGGGGCUUAGAAGGACAAUAAGUGCCCCUGUUUCAAUGCCUGAAGAAACAUAUCUUCCCUCAUCCUGUUUCACACAAAUGCUACCCUUUUCAACAUGGGAAGGUGGUUUCCAAAACCAUUGCAAUUUCGAUUUCCCUUCUCAGCUCUUCUCAGGCCUAGUUGAAGCUGGCAAUCUAAAGAUGGAGAUGUAGACUAGAGCUUCUAUUCCCUUGGGCGACUUAUCAAGAUUCUUUUUGUUUUCUUUCCAAGUACAUAUCGCAUAUAUAAAUUGUUUGUAACUGCUCCAUAAUAUAAAUAAAAUUUAUUAAUACCUGUUGACUUCA